GAGAGCGACAUAGAGAGAGGAGAGAGCGUGAGAAUGGAGAAGAAGUACGAACAGUUUAAAGGGCAGCCGAGGCUGCCGAAAUUCGCUGUCCCGAAACGUUACGAUAUCAACCUCAAACCAGACCUCGUCACCUGUAAGUUUGCCGGUGCCGUCAAAAUCACUGUCGACGUUGUCACCGGCACUAAGUUCAUCGUCCUCAACGCCGUCGAUCUCGUUGUUGACCGCAACUCGCUGCACUUCACAGAUACCAGCGGCUGCAAGGUAGCGGAGGUUUUGGGGGUUGAACUUUUCGAAGAGGAUGAGAUCAUGGUGGUGGAGUUUCCUCAGAAACUGCAGCUUGGACUUGGGGUUUUGUGCAUUGCCUUUGAAGGAACCUUAAAUGACAAAAUGAAAGGCUUCUACAGAAGUACUUAUGUGCAUUGUGGGGAGAAGAAGAACAUGGCAGUGACGCAGUUUGAACCAGCUGAUGCUAGGCGGUGCUUUCCAUGUUGGGAUGAACCUGCUUGUAAGGCUACAUUCAAGAUCACAUUGGAAGUGCCAUCUGAGCUCAUAGCCCUUUCCAAUAUGCCAGUUGUUGAUGAAAAUGUUGAUGGAAAGAUUAAGACAAUUCACUAUCAGGAAUCGCCUAUCAUGUCUACAUACUUGGUGGCAGUUGUCAUUGGUUUGUUCGAUUAUGUGGAAGAUCAUACAUCUGAUGGGAUCAAAGUUAGGGUUUAUUGCCAAAUUGGUAAGGCAAAUCAAGGGAAAUUCGCUUUAGAUGUUGCUGUCAAGACACUUGGCCUUUACAAAAGUUACUUUGCUGUGCCAUAUUCACUUCCCAAAUUGGAUAUGGUUGCGAUCCCUGAUUUUGCUGCUGGAGCCAUGGAGAAUUAUGGUCUAGUUACAUAUCGUGAAACAGCUUUGCUCUAUGAUGAUAAGCAUUCUGCAGCUGCUAACAAGCAGAGGGUUGCAAUUGUUGUGACCCAUGAACUUGCGCACCAGUGGUUUGGCAAUCUUGUAACAAUGGAGUGGUGGACUCAUCUUUGGCUGAAUGAAGGAUUUGCAACAUGGGUGAGCUAUUUAGCAACUGAUAGCUUGUUUCCAGAAUGGAAAAUUUGGACACAAUUUCUUGAUGAAAGUACUGAGGGCCUUCGGUUGGAUGGGCUUGCAGAAUCACAUCCCAUUGAGGUGGAGAUAAAUCAUGCAUGUGAGAUUGAUGAAAUAUUUGAUGCUAUUAGUUAUAAGAAAGGUGCAUCUGUUAUCCGCAUGCUGCAAAGUUAUCUUGGUCCUGAAUGUUUUCAGAGGGCACUUGCUUCAUACAUAAAAAAAUAUGCUUGCUCAAAUGCAAAGACAGAAGACUUGUGGACUGUCCUUGAAGAGGAAUCUGGUGAACCCGUGAACAAUCUAAUGAAUUCAUGGACAAAGCAAAAGGGUUACCCCGUUGUCUCUGUCAAACUCAAAGAUCAAUACUUGGAGUUUGAGCAGUCGCAAUUCUUGCUGAGUGGUUCCCAUGAGGAUGGGCAAUGGAUUGUUCCAAUAACGUUAUGUUGUGGCUCAUAUGAUACUUGCAAGAAUUUUCUGUUGCAAGCAAAAUCUGAAACUCUGGAUGUAAAGGAAUUCGUUGGUUCCAAAGAUAACCUUGUGGAUAUUUUAAUAAAAUUCUUUUGUUGCUGCUUUAAAAAAGAAGAAGAUAACCUUGUGGAGACAAGAGCUUGGAUAAAACUUAAUGUGGACCAGGCAGGUUUCUAUAGGGUGAAAUAUGAUGAAGGGCUUGCAAGCAGACUUAGACAUGCAAUUGAGACCAAAUGCUUGUCUGCAACAGAUAGAUUUGGAAUUUUGGAUGAUUUGUAUGCCUUAUGUGUGGCAUGCCAGCAGCCUUUGGCCUCCUUGCUUACAUUGAUGGGUGCUUACAGGGAGGAACUUGAAUACACUGUUCUGUCUAACUUGAUUAGCAUAAGUUUCAAAAUUGAAAGAAUUGCAGCUGAUGCUGCUCCUGAAUUGCUGGAGUACAUUAAACAAUUUUUCAUUAGCCUGUUCCAGUAUUCUACACAGACCUUACAACAAGGAGGACGAUUGGCAGUGGUAGAGCAGAGAAUGGUCUCUACAUCUUGGAUCAGGCAGAUCACAUGGCUUAUCAUACCAUCCAGUCUCCAACCACCAAGACGGCAUUUGGCUUUGGCAUCGGUGUCUGAGACAUCCAUCUUUUUAUUACUUAAGCAUUUGUUUCCUUCGUCUUUUAAGAACAAUAAUGUUUCUGAGUUUAAUUGUGAGUCAUGUCAACUUGGCAAACAAUAUCGAGCUUCUUUUGCUCCAAAUAUUAAUAAAAGUUUCAUUCCUUUUUCAUUGAUUCAUUCUAAUGUUUGGGGUCCUUCUUGUGUUGUUUCAUUAAAAGGCCAUAAAUGAUUUGUCACCUUCAUUGAUGAUUUUUCUCACACUACUUGGGUGUAUUUACUUAAAGAAAAGAGUGAGGUUUUCUUUGUGUUCCAAACCUUUCAUCAAGAUGAUGUGCACUCAAUUUGGGGCUGUUGUAAAAAUUCUACAUUUUGAUAAGGGGGUGAGUAUAUUGAUUUAGGGUUAGGACAAUAUUUCAGCACUUUUGGCAUCAUUCAUCAUACUUCUUGCACCAACACCCCUCAGCAAAAUGGGAUUGUGGAACGCAAGAUCGUCAUAUUCUUGAUAUAACUUGUUGCAUAACUUUUUCUAUGCAUAUGCCUCAGUCUUACUAGGGUGACGUUGUCCUCACUGUUGUCUAUUUUAUCAAUCGCCUUCCUACUCAAGUGUUACACAAGCAAACUCUUCUUCAGGUAUUCUUCAGCUCUCGGCCCAUGUCUUCUAUUCCCCUCAAAGUUUUUGGGUGUGUCUGCUUUGUUCACAAUCAUUCCCUUACUCGUGGUAAACUGGAUCCUUGUUCUCUUAAACGUGUCUUUCUUGGGUACUCACAUACUCAAAAUGGGUAUAAGUGUUAUCAUCCUGUUUCAUGUGAGUGAUUUGUAUCCAUGGAUGUCACAUUCUUUUGAGUUCCAGUCCUACUUCUUGUCCCCUUCGGUUUCCCAGUCAUCCCUUCAGGGAAGCCUAAGAGUAUUACCUAUUUUUGAACCUUUACCAAUUGUUGAGGAUAUAGCGUGAAAACCACAAUGUGAACCAGCUAUUAGGAAUACAAAAGUUGAUACACUCAAGGAUCAAGGAAAAGUUUAUGUCAAGGACAAAGAAAGACAGAAGGUUACUUGGAUCCAAGAGAUCACUUCUCCUGAUCUUCCACUACUGUCUCCUUCAACUAACGAGAGUCUAGGUAACUCUGAUAACCCUGAUAACCCUGAAUACACAGAUCUUGAUAUUCCUAUUGCCCACCAGAAAGGUGUGAGGUCUUGUACUCAACAUCUCAUCUCUAAUUUUGUAUCAUAUUCUAAUUUGUCUCUUUCAUAUAGAGCCUUUGUGUCAAAAAAAUUCUUUAUUAGUAUACCUAAUCAUUUUCAGAAUACUCUUUCCACCCUUGAGUGGAAACAUGCCGUGAUUGAAGAGAUGAAAACACUUCAUAAGAAUAAUAGUUGGGAAUUGACAGAGUUACCUAAGGGCAAACGAACUGUGGGAUGCAAGUGGGUGUAUACUAUGAAGCAUAAGGCAGAUGGUUCGAUUGAGCGCUAUAAGGCUCGAUUUGUGGCAAAGGGUUUUACUCAGACUUAUGGAGUAGAUUAUCAAGAAACAUUUGCACCAGUUGCUAAGAUGAAUUCAGUAAGAGUACUCCUCUCUCUGACAGCUAAUCUGGAUUGGCCACUUUACCAAUUUGAUGUGAAGAGUGCUUUCUUACAUGGUGAUCUAGAAGAAGAGGUGUAUAUGGACAUUCUUCCUGGCUUUGAAGAUUUUGAAACAAAGGGUAAGGUGUGCAGGCUUUAAAAAUCAUUAUAUAGUCUCAAACAGUCCCCAAGGGCUUGGUUUGAGAGAUUUACCCAGGCAGUGCUUAGAUAUGGUUUCAAACAAAGUCAAGCUGAUCACACUCUAUUUGUUAAACAUUCCUCACAUGGUAAGACUACAGCUCUCAUUAUAUAUGCGGAUGACGUAGUAUUUACAGGAGAUGAUGUUGAAGAUAUUUCUCAGUUGAAGGAGUAUUUGGCAAAUGAGUUUGAAAUCAAAGAUUUGAGAAACUUGAAACAUUUCCUAGGUAUUGAGGUUGCCCGGUCUAAGGAUGGAAUCUUCAUCUGCCAAAGGAAUUAUGUGCUUGAUCUAUUAAAAGAAAUUAGAAUGCUUGGAAGUAAAGCUUGUGACACAUCGCUAGAGCCAAACCAGAAACUUGGUGAUGAUUAUUGUGGAAUUCUUGUUGACAGGGGGAGUUAUCAGAGACUAGUGGGUAAACUCAUUUACCUAUCCUAUUCACAUUCUGACAAUGCUGUUGCGGUUAGUGCAGUUAGCCAGUUUAUGCAUGCUCCUCAUGAGGCACACCUGGCUACAGUUAUGUAGAUUCUUAGAUACUUAAAAUCUUUGCCUAGAAAUGGCCUCUAUUUCUCCAAACAUGAUCAUCUUAGUGUGGAAGUUUAUACAGAUGUUGAUUGGGCAGGAUCAGUAAUUGAUAGAAGGUCCACAUCGGCGUAUUAUACCUUUAUUGGAGGAAAUUAGAAUGUGAUAGCUAGAUCUAGUGUAGAGGCAGAGUUUAGAGCCGUGGCAUAAGGUGUGUGUGAAGUUUUUUAGAUCAAGUUACUAUUGAGUGAUCUGGGAAUUAAGCAGAUAGACUCUAUGAGGCUAUACUGUGACAAUAAGGCUGCUAUCAACAUAGCUCACAAUACAGUUCAACAUGAUCAAACAAAACAUGUUGAAAUUGAUUGUCACUUUAUCAAGGAGAAACUCACUACUGGCACUAUAUGUACUCCUUUUAUGAAGUCUGGAGAAUAGUUGGCAAAUAUUCUCACAAAGGGAGUUACAAGUAAACCGUUCCAUGAUAUUCUUAGCAAGCUGGGCAUGAGAGAUAUUUUUGUACCAGCUUGAGAGGGAGUGUUAGAAUAAUAUCUUUGUUAUUUUGAUUUAUUAUUCUGUCAUUAGUUGUAAUCUCCUUUUGUGCCUUGAGGCUUCUAUUGUACGUUUCAUAUUAUUAAUAUAUAAGGGAGUGAUUGUCUCAUCGUUCCCUAAGUAUUGAUUUCUUUUAAAAUAAACAUGAAUUAGGGUUGAUUUGGGCGUGUAAUGUAUUGGAUAUGAUUGUGGAGUUGCAAAAUACACUUUUUGAGGGUUGGGAAUAGUAACUCAAGCAUCGUGGUUGGGUUAAUCGUGAAAAGAGGUGAUUAACCCUCACAAGGGUUAGGUAAGUUUACACAAGCACAAUCAAAUUCUCAUAAUAUCAACUCCAUCUUGAAAAUGAAAUUACAUGAAGAAGUAGAAGAAAAGAGGUGCUUGACCCUUCAUUAGGCAAAUUUACACAAACACAAUUUCAAUACCAAUGAAGAAGAGAAGGAAAAUGCUAGACGCUUGUAAGGGUUAGACCUAAGAAGCAUGGGCAUUUCUAUGGAGGAGGUUGUUGUGUUGGACACGACACUUUGUGGACACUCCUAAGAGCGUGCCCGACACUUCUUGAACAUAUCUUAAUUAAGCAACAUUUUAAAUUCAUAAUAUCGGAUGCUUUAUAGUUAAUUCUCAGACACUUCAACUAAACUUCUGAACCCUCAGACUCAUCUUAGGUGAUGAAUCUGGUUUCUCUUAAAUUUCACUUUUUGAAUCUCUCCAGUGGAGAGAUUGGGAGAGAAAAGAAAUGGAGUGAUAAGAAACUUUUUAUUUUACCAAUUUUUCUAUCCAGGUACUAAAGAAAUAAAAACAUAAAUGGUUAUUUUAAUAAUAUAACUUGUAAUAGUUUAUUUUCUUAUCUUGUAUGUAGUCUAUCCAAACAUGAUAGGAGAAAAAUAAAAAAAAAAAAGAAUUUUCGUUUCUCUCUAGCUUAACCAAACAAAAGGGAAGGAAAACACAUUCUUUUUUUCUUUUAAACUCUAAUUAUAAUGUUAUAGAUGCAAUUUUUAAUGCUAUUUUAGCACACAGUAUACUACACUGUUAGAGUGUGUUCUUUAUGAUGUGUUGUACUAU